AUGUCUUUACCAUCGGUAUAUAGCGCAGACAAACGUAACAUUUUUGCUCCAGAUGACUCUAUUUUCGUCUUAAAAGACGUUCCUCAAGGGACAGAGCCGUUCGACUUGUUCAAUCGAGUCUUACCAAUAGCCGGAGAAUACACCAAGGAGUCAGUAGCCGUUCCCGGAACCCAAGAGCCUGGUUACUCUGCCAUCUACAGAAACAGGGCUUUUCCUAAUGGAAUCAAGCAUUCGAUUGUUCCUAGUCUAAAGACCUACCAUGACUACUUUGAAGCCUCUGCUAGAUACCAUGCUGAUCUUCCUUGUUUCGGGUACCGUAAGCACGACUACGUCAACAAUGUUUCCGAGUUGGAAUACACGACAUUUUCGUUCUCUGAAGUUAACCAGAUGAAGAAAGAGCUUGGAUCGGGGUUGUUGUACUUGUUGAACACGAAUCCGUACAAGGAUAGCUCCAAGUAUACCUCCCAUGCUAAGAUAGACUCUCACCGUGACAAUUUCAGACUGUUCGACCACGCCAACCACUCGUUUGUGUUGACAAUCUUUUCAUCCAAUAGAUGGGAAUGGGUUCUUACCGAUAUCAUGUGUUCUUCCUUUUCUAUCACUAGUACUGCUUUGUAUGAUACUUUGGGUCCUAAAGCCUCGGAGUACAUUUUGGAAUUGACCGAAUCUCCAGUAAUUGUAGCUACUAAGAACCACAUUAAAGCAUUGAUUGACUUGAAGAAACUGUACCCAGACAAAUUGGGGCAGAUUAUUUCAAUCAUUUCUAUUGAUCCUUUGUUGCCCAGCGAAGGUAACUUGCGCAAAUUGGCUCGGGAGAACAAUAUCACUUUGUUUGACUUUGAUCAGGUACUCAGCCUAGGUAAAAUAUUCCCUCACGAGCAACUACCCCCAAGCCCAGAGACCUUGUAUACCAUUAGUUUCACCUCGGGAACUACUGGUGCCAACCCUAAGGGUGUGAUGUUGUUGCAGAGAACAGCCACAGCAGGAAUCACCUUCAUGUUGGUACAACUUCCGCAUUUCACAAGUGGUAGAUCUUUCUGUUUCUUGCCUUUGGCUCACAUUUUUGAAAGACAAGCCUCCGCUUUCUGUUUGACAUUUGGUUGCUGUAUAGGUUUCCCUCGUUAUGGUGGAAAUCCUUUGACUCUCAUCGAAGAUUUGAAGAUUUGGAAGCCCAAUAUCAUGUCGAAUGUGCCUCGUAUCUACACCAAGUUGGAAGCUAGUUUGAAGAAUGCCACUCUUGAGUCAGACUCCGCUAUCACAAGAGCUAUCUUCAACAAGAUCUUCGACUACAAGAUGAAAAUUCAUGAAGAAAAAGACGAUGACAAGGGUAACCACAUAGUCUACGAUCUCUUUAUCUCUAAAUUGCGUAGCUCGUUGGGUUUCGACAACAUGGAUAUGGUGAUUACUGGUUCUGCUCCUAUCGCUGUUCACACCGUUAAGUUCUUGAAAGCUGCCCUCAACACCGGAGUAGCCCAAGGAUAUGGGUUAACCGAAUCGUUUGCUGGUUUUGCCAUUGGCAAUGGAUUCGACAAAAAGCCGGGAUCCUGUGGUCCAACUGGUGUAACUACGGAAAUGAGGGUUCGAGAAUUGCCAGAAAUGGGAUAUCAUGCCAACGACAGAGGCGGUCCUCGUGGUGAAUUGUUAUUGAGAGGCCCACAAAUAACUCCCGGUUACUUCAAGAACGACGAAGAAACAGCCAAAUCCUUUGAUGAGGAUGGUUGGUUCAAGACAGGCGAUGUAGCUCAGAUCUCUACGGAUGGUAAAUUGACUCUAAUCGAUCGUGUCAAGAACUUUUUCAAGUUAGCACAAGGUGAAUAUGUCACACCAGAAAAGAUCGAGAACUUGUACUUAUCUCAAAACCCUAUCUUGACACAAUGUUAUACACACGGAGAUUCUUUGAGACACUACUUGGUAGGUGUCGUUGGUCUUGACCAGCAGUUGGCUGCGCAAUUCUUGGUGGAAAAGUGUAACAUCAAGCCUGAGCAAUUGCAAACACCACAAGACAUCUUGGACCAGUGCAACAAGGUCGAGGUCAAGACUCAAAUCUUGAAGUACUUGAACUCCAGCAUCGACAGCAAGCUCCAAGGAUUUGAAAAAUUACAUAACAUCUAUAUCGAAUUUGAGCCUUUGAGGUUAGAUAGAGACGUUGUCACUCCUACCUUGAAGUUGAAGAGACCUGUUGCCCAGAAGUUCUUUGCUGAGCAAAUCAACAAUAUGUAUGGCGAAGGCUCGUUGAUCAAGGCAGGCGUUGGAAAGUUGUGA